AUGGAACCAGCCGUUACUGGCACGCGGAAGGAACUCAACAUCGUAUAUAGCAGUUUUUCCCUUCAUAAAGUACUCUUACUACCAUAUGAGACGCCAGAAGCCGAAACAAAAUGUGUUUCUUCAUCGCGAGAGAUUACAACGCAGGAUUUAGUGGAAAAAAUUGAAGGCAAUGUGUCCCUUUUUACAACUAUGAUAAAAGAACGAAAACUGCAUAGAUUCUCUCCAUUGAAUGACCCGUUGGUUAACGAUGAAGGAUUAUUACAUGAGACUAAUGUUAAAGUGCGUGUGAUUAAGGAUUUUGGCUUGAUGUGCAACCAAAAUAUUUGCUGUGCCAGAAACAUCAUCAUCAAAGGGACAGAACAUCCUUUGUUUUCUUCGAAGUAG